UUGUUUUAUCAACAUCGGCAACAACAACGGCAUUUACUACUGUAAUCCCGUCAAAAGGGUUCUUUUACACACGUUUUAACCUGAGUCCUCAUUGAGUUUUUCACAACUCUAAAACUCCACUUUACACAAAAAAAGAAUUCUCAAAGGAGGAAAGAAAAAAUGAUUAUUGAUGAUGACUUAGGGGAACAAAUGGUUCCAGGAUAUGUUGUAUCAGAAGUUGUGCAAAAAUUCAUUAUUUAUUUUUACAAACAAAUUUGUGAUAGGAAUGUCUAUGAAAUACAACAGAUUUAUGAUGAAGGAUUCAAUAAGCUAACAGAGCAGUAUUUUAUGAAAAGUGCCUGGCCUGAAGCUGAAGAUAUCUCACCUCUUGUUGAUGGAGAUAAAUUAUUCUUGACUUUAUACAAAGAGUUAUACUACAGACAUAUUUACUCCAAGUUAAAGCCUACAAUGGAACAUCGCUAUGCAUCAUAUUAUAAUUACUGUGAACUUUUUAAUUACAUACUUGAUGAAACAGCACCUUCUACUCUUGUACUCCCUAAUCAAUGGAUGUGGGACAUCAUUGAUGAGUUUAUUUAUCAGUUUCAAGCUUUUUGUCAGUUCCGUGCUAAAAUCAUGAACAAGACCGAAGAUGAAAUGAUAUCAUUAAAAGAAAAUGUUUAUAAAGUUUGGAAUGUUCACAGUGUUCUGAAUGUACUAUAUUGUCUAGUUGAAACAUCACGAAUUAAUGAACAACUUGAGGUUUUUGGGAAUGAUGAAGACCCUGAUACAGUUGCAGGGGAGUAUGGGAAAUUGCCACUAUAUAAAAUGCUUGGUUAUUUUAGUUUAAUAGGCCUGUUACGAUUGCACUCCUUACUUGGUGAUUAUUAUCAAGCAAUAAAAGUUUUAGGAAAUGUUGACCUCAAUAAAAAGAGCUUGUAUUCACGAGUACCAGCAUGCCAAGUAACUACAUAUUAUUAUGUUGGAUUUGCUUACAUGAUGAUGCGGCGAUAUGAAGAUGCUAUUAGAAGUUUUGUUAGUGUUCUUUCUUAUGUUCAACGAGCCAAACAAGUGAUACAAACAAAGUCUUAUCAAUUUGAACAAAUUAAAAAAAAAACUGAACAAAUGUACACUUUAGUGUGCAUAUGUCUGGUACUUUGCCCACAGAGAAUUGAUGAGAGUAUUAACCAAUACCUUCGGGAAAAGAUGCUUGAUAAAAUGUUGAAAAUGCAAAAAGGUGAUACAUCUGUGUUUGAGGAAUGCUUUUCAUACUCUUGUCCAAAAUUCAUAUCUCCGAUACCUCCAAACUAUGAUUCCUCUCCUGCUAAUUCACACCUAGAUCCAUUUAAUUUGCAACUUAGAAUGUUUAUGGUUGAAGUGCAACAGCAAAGUAUUAUACCUGUAAUUAGAAGCUAUCUGAAAUUGUACACUACUAUGUCUUUAUCUAAACUUGCAUCUCUAUCUGAAUUGGAUGAAGGUACAUUGCAAACAGCUCUACUCUGUUUUAAGCAUAAACAGCGUACUUUAGUAUGGACGAAAGGAAAUGAUGCUUUAAAUGGAGAAUUCCAAUCUUCGCCAGAAACAGAUUUUUUCAUUGGAAAUGAUAUGAUUCAUAUAGCAGACACUAAAGUUGCUCGACGAUACGGCGAUUUUUUUAUUCGACAAAUUUUAAAGAUCGAUGAGUUCACUAAAAGUAUGUGGAAAAGUCAGCAACAUGUAUGAAUUGAAUUUCAAAAAUGAACAUCAAAUGUAAAAAAUAAAAUUCUCUAAAUA